CACCCUGUCUUGCCUGUUCGAUGUCCAAGGGACAGGUGAAACCCGUCCAGAAGAGCACGAGCACACGCGCAGUUAACAAGUUAUUUCGCGUGUAUCUCGACUUGGGGGGAAAGAUGAAAACCAGGAGCAUUGUUGGCAACUGGUACACACUGAUCAUCAGAGUCGAUUUCUCCCGUUGGACGCGUGCUUUCCUGUUGAAACACAAGUCUGACGCAGCGGUUGGGUUUGAGAAGUUCCUGGCGGACUACCGAACGAAAGGGGUUCCGUGUAAGGUUUAUAUCGUACGUACCGACGGUGGCGGCGAGUUCCAGGGGCAGUUUGCGGAAGUUUGCCGCACACACGGCAUCAAACAAGAGUUCACCCCCCCUCACACCCCAAAGUACAACGGCGUAGCGGAGAGAGCGCUAGGGCUGAUCACUGAUGCCGCGCUUGCGUCACGCAUCCAAGCGACGCAACUGUUCCCCGACGCACCGAACCACCCCGGGUUGUGGGCCGAGGCCAUUUCGUGUGCAUGGCAUCAGCUGAACUGCACCGCCACUAAAUCAAACGAGGGAGACAAAUCCGCCUACGAGAUGUUCCACGACUCCCCACGGCCUGUCGGGUCGACAUACCCGUUUCUCAAACAGCCGUGUUCAAGUCGAGAAGAAAAGCAAAGUCGCAACCCAAGGGCGAAAAAGGAUGGUAGCUUGGUCCUGCCCACAAUCACCCCCCUGCUACCUCUCGCAGAUGACGAGGAGGGCGGGGAGGGCGAGAGCAGAGCGGACAUAUCACGCCAAGGUUGGGUGGGGGAGAGAGACUCAAAGGGUGAGUCCGACCUCGACGUUAUGGAGGCUCGUGGGCCAGGGCAAGCGACGCCGUUUGUGCGCGAGGAGGCGCCGACGGCACCCGGCAACGGGAUUCCGGGGGAUGGAGGCAGCGUUCCCCCGUCGUCCCCUUCGGGAAGGGGCGACUUCGGCGGAGGCAGUGACAGCCCCACCGACAGCAGCAGCAGCAGCAGCAGCAGCAGCAGCAGCCCCAGCAGCAGCAGCAGCAGUGACGCCGGCGGUGCCGGCGGCCCGGGCGGCGAAGAGUCCGGCGACCCAGGUGGGGACGGCGGUAGCGAUGGUGAUCCCGGCGACUCCGAGAACCUCGAGGAGUUGAAGUAUGAUCCAGCCGACGACCGCUACCCCCGCGGGCUAGAAGGGAAGAAACUCCUCUGGGGCGCCUCGAACGCUGGCCCGCUGCGCCAUGGGCUUGAGAGUGGCCGCACGCGGAAGCAGACCCGGGAGAUGCAAGGUGCCGGGGAGAUGCCGGGGCCCGGAGAAACACCGGACCCGGAAGAGGCAUUGCUGGCGACCAUCCUGGAAACUGGCGGGACGGGGAUUGUUGAGGGCUACAUCCGCAACUCGCUUGUGAAGGAGCAGUGGGACGAGGAGUAGACACGCCGUAUAGAGGAGAUGUACAGGCGCGAGAUGCAGGAGGUGUUGGGCCCGGAACAGC